AGAGACAGACACAGAGACGGCCCAAGAGAGCCAGAGAGGAAGGGAGGCAGAGGAGAGUGUAGGGACGUCCCAUGGGCAGACUCGGUUGAUAAACAGGGGACAGUGUGUAGGGGAGUCAGGGGCCCCAGCAAACAGAGGCAGGGGAGAGAGAGGGAGAGCACCCUGGGGAGAAACAAAGGGAGGAAGAGAGUGGAGGGAAAGGGGACAGACAGGUGAAAAGAAAAAGAGUCAAAGUUAUACUCGGAGAGUAAAGAAAGGGAUUGAGAGAAAUAGAAAAGAGGGAGGAACAGAGACACAAAAGGCAGACAGGGAGGAGAGAGAGAGAGAGAGAGAGAGAGAGAGAGAGAGAGAGAGAGAGAGAGAUUCAGAAGGAAAGAAAGACUGCCAGAGGUUGUAGAGAAGAGAUCGAAGGCUGAGAAGACUGAAAGGCAACAGAGGGCGACACACCCCCAGGAGGGAAGAAGGAACCGGAGUCUGAGAAAUAAUCUCGGGGGCCAGAAAGAUUGUUUCAGAGUGACGCCAAGGCCUCCCUCCAGCAGCUUCACUGCACCCAGCCAGGGAAAGACCCGUGGGGGUGCAGAGGGUCCCUCGGGCUGGUUCCUCUUCGGGGAGUCUAGAUAAGGGGUGCAUACAAGGGCCAGCUGACACCAGACAACCUGAGAUGGAGCUCAGGGCCCUCGAGACCCCCGAGGAUGGGGAUACAGAGGAGGACACAGCCAUGGCCCUCCAGCGGCUGGUGGAGCUGACAGGAAGCAGGGUGGUGUCGGUCAGAAGUCUGCGUGUCCAGUACCGUCUCCUCCGAAAGCUGGGUUCCGGUUCCUACGGCCGAGUGCUCCUAGCCCAGCCUCGCCAAGGGGGUCAAACCGUGGCCCUUAAGCUCCUCCGGCGGGACUCGGUCCUGAGAACGACUUUCCUGAGAGAAUUCUGUGUGGGCCGCUGCGUCUCUUCACAUCCAGGCCUGCUGCAGACCCUGGGAAGGCCCCUGCAGACACCCCGACAUUUUGCCUUUGCCCAGGAGUAUGCACCCUGUGGGGAUCUCAGCGGAAUGCUCCAGGAGAAGGGCCUCCCAGAGCUGAUGGUGAAGCGGGUAGCGGCCCAGCUGGCUGGAGCCCUGGACUUCCUCCACGGCCGGGGGCUAGUGCAUGCAGAUGUCAAGCCGGACAAUGUGCUGGUCUUCGACCCUGACUGCAACAGAGUAGCCCUGGGUGACUUGGGUUUGACCCGACCUGAGGGCAGCCCGACCCCUGCCCCGCCAGUACCUCUGCCCACGGCACCGCCUGAACUCUGCCUCCUGCUACCGCCGAGCACCCUGCCCUUGAGGCCGGCCGUGGACUCCUGGGCCCUGGGCGUACUUCUCUUCUGUGCUGCCACGGCCUGCUUCCCCUGGGACAUAGCGUUGGCCCCUGAUCCUGAGUUCGAGGCGUUUGCCGGCUGGAUGACCACUAAGCCCCAGCCCCCUCGGCCACCGGCACCCUGGGACCAGUUUGCACCCCCAGCUCUGACCUUGCUCCAGGGACUUCUGGACCUGGAUCCUGAGACUAGGAGCCCUCCGCUGGCUGUGCUGGACGUUCUAGGGGACGACUGGGGUCUCCGGGGGAGUGGAGAGGAGUCUGGGAGCUUGGGCGUCGUGUCCUAUGAAGAUGAGGAGGAAGAAGAGGGAGGAUCGAGUUUGGAGGAGUGGACAGAGGAGGAGGAAGAUGAAAUUAAAGAUGGUGGGAGGGUGGGGACAGGCAAUAGGGGCUCCUAACCAGGUGACUGAGAGAGGUGGUCAGAACCUUGGCUAGAGUGUCCUAAGCCAGCCCUCGAGGCCACCUGGGAAAGGUGACAAUCAUGACCAGAAGACAGGGAACACUUCACUUUUGCCUGACGAAGGCUGGACUUGGAAGUGUAAUCCCCCACCUGCAGGGCACACACACACACACACACACACACACACACACACACACACACAACUGAGGACUCAGGGUCCGGAUUGUGUACCGCUGUUACAGCCUCCCACUCCUCCCCCCCAUCUCACUUUUCGUCCUUCUUCCUUCAUUCUGUCCCAUCUUUCUCCCUCCCCUCCUCCCCUUCCUCCUCUCUUCUCCUCUCCUCAUCAUCUUUCCUUCUCCCCACUCCUCCUUCUCAUGCUGAUUUUCCUUCCAAGACAGUCUCGUGUAUCCCAAACUGGCCUCAAACCCACUAUGCAGAUAGACGACCUUGAACUUCCGAUCCUCCUGCCUCUGCCUCCCCAGUGCUGGGAUUACAGGCGUGCAUCUCCACACUGUCUUUGGGGUUCUGGGUAGAGAUGGAACCCUGGGCUUCCUGCACGCUAGGGCAGGCCCCCUAUCAACUGAACCUCCUCAUCCCCUGACCCUGAGCACCGUCCCGAUGAAAGUUUCUGUUCCUCCCACAGCUGUAUUUCUGUAUCUCUGAAUCACUGACUGCUUAUCAUGAAUUCUGAUGGGACC